UCUUGACUUGACGACGAGCAGCUUAAACAGCUUUUUUCGAGCGAACAGCGCGCGUGUUUUUAAAUGUAAACGCCGGAAAAUUCGGGCAGUUGUGAUGGUUUUUAACCCGUUAGGGAUGCUUUUAGUGCUCCUAAUUUCCGUUAUAGGAGUUACGCACAGUUUACAACAUUGUCCGAUAUGGAAAGAAAUCGUCCCUUGUACAUGUAAGACAGACAAAAGUGAUGCUCUUGUAAAAUUAACGUCGAUAUCCUGUGAUAAAAUGGAAUCUUUCGAUCAUGUCUUGGAAAAACUUCGAGGACAUUUUCAACCUACUGAUAGAGUGUCGUUACGGUUGGCGUUUUCUUCGCUUGGUGAUUUAUAUAAACAUUCUUUUAAAGAACUUAAUAUGACUAUUGAAAAUUUAAAACUAAAUCAUGAUUUUAUUGGGUACCUGAAUGCAGAUACGUUCCAAAGUUUGACACGAGUCAAUUAUUUAAGUUUAGCAGAUAAUGAUUUAGAAGAAGUACCUGAAAAGUUAUGGAAAGAAAUGCCAAAUGUCAAAACCUUAGAUCUAGGAAGAACAAAAAUUAAGGCGUUGUAUGAAAGUAGCUUUGUUGGAUUGAAACAAAUAGUAUGCCUUGUUCUUCCUGGAAACCAAAUCUCACAAAUGAAUCCCAGAUCUAUUCCAAAUCAAAUUCAGCAGUUACAUCUGGGUCGAAACCACAUACGAGAUUUGAAUAAUAGCCUAAGAAAUUUGUCUGAGUUAAAAUGGUUGUUUAUUAAUUCUAACGAACUUGUGGAUAUAGAUAAUCAGCUGCCAAAAUAUGCUCCAAACCUCAUAUUAAUCCAUGCUUCUCACAAUGAGUUACGUAGAUUACCACAACAGUUGAAGAAUUACCCACAUCUGGAGUCCAUAUUUUUCCAUAAUAACAGACUGGUAUCUUUAGAUGGAGCUCUAUCCAAAAGUACACAUCUGCAACGUGUUAUUCUGGAACACAAUCAGAUUAAUCUAAUCUCAAAAGAAGAUUUCGCCGAGACAUCGAUGUUGGAGUCUUUGUUGUUAGGGCAUAAUGAGCUUGCGACUUUAAACAACUCAUUAGUAAAGUUAACCCGGUUGAACUUCCUUAAUCUAACUUUUAAUAAACUGAGGGAGUUUUCGCUACAAGAAAUCGUCGAUUUAAAAGAACUAAGAAGCAUAGAUUUGUCUUACAAUCUAAUAACAACUCUAUCUGGACCACCUGCUAAUUUGGUAGAUUGGAACAUAAAAUUGACAGAAUUAAAAUUAGACCAUAACUACAUUGAAACUUUAAACGGAGCCCUAUCAGGUUUAACAGAACUUCUCAGGCUAAAUUUAAGUUUCAAUAAACUGAAGAAAAUUUUACCAGAAGAUUUUAUUGGAUUAGAAGAAUUAAGGUUGUUAGACAUUUCAUAUAAUCAUUUAACAACAUUAGAGGAGACUAGCAAGACCUACUUACCAAGAUUGUCAGAGCUAAAAGCAAGUCAUAAUUAUCUAACAAUACUGGACAAAGAUUUUCAUGGACUGCCGGUGUUAUGUCAUGCCGAUUUAUCCAACAAUCAGAUUGUUGCUCUUGGUAGAGACUUAGUGGCUAGGACUCGAUGUACCUUGGAGCACGGUGUCCAUGAAGGAACAUGGGAUACUUUGAAGAUAUACCUUCAAGAUAAUCCAAUUCUUUGCGAUGCUGCCCUACCAGACAUCGUAUCCAUUAUGGAAACGAAUCAUACAAAAAUUAUCGGAAUAUCUCAUUGUCCACCGUUAAGUGAACAACCUACAACUUCUAAACCGAACGCUUUCCUAGGAUACAUUCCGGAAUCAUCAAUAGGUUUGCACUACCCUGGUAUCGAACACAACAGACCGGAAUAUCAAAAUGAACAAGCUAAUCAGAAAAAUAGCAUACCCACUGUGCAAUCUGACGUUACAUUAAAUGCUAAGUUACAUUAUAAUAUUCAGAAUGAACCUUUAAUACCUAACGAACCUCUAAAGAAGGAUGUUGUGCUUAAUGUACAAACUUCAGCAAAUAAUGAUCAAAUUCACAAUCCAUUCAGGGUAUUAAACGAUACAUUGAAUAUAUCUGCAAAUAAAAGUGAAAUAUUACAGUCAGACCAAGCACAAACUUUCGAUCCUGUAAAACAAGGUCAACAAAUCAACAAAUUAGCUUCAGAAAUCGAAGAACUUCGAACGAGAAUCGACGAAUUAACGUCACAAAAUCAAAUGUUGAUGCAUCAGAAAUUUAACAAAAACGAUAAACUUUCGGAGCUGCAGAAGCCGUAAAUAGAUUUGAAAAAUGAUUAUUAUUAAUAUUAACUUAUUACUAGUCAUUUAAUGCUACUUCUUAGAAAUUUUUAGUAAAUUGCGAAAAAAAAACAAGCUUCUCGGGUCAACUAGCACUUCAGCGCCACGGCAGAAAUUAUUUGGGAUAAACAGAGAUAUAGUCCAGAGGCCAGGGUUGUUUCGUGGCCGAUCAAAGUCCACGAAGUUUCAGAGUGUAUACUUAGGGUGUAGUGGCAUAAGAGUACACAAGUAACAUAUUUU